CGAAUAAUUCUUCUACUGCUUCAUAUUCUUGUUGUUCUGUGUAUGUGUAACUGACAAAUUUACCCUCGUCGUCUUCUUCUCAUCGUUUUUUUCCUGAUCAGAAGAAUAUAUAAAUAUACAAGAAUGAGGUCUUUCUUCUUUUGCUUUGCUGUCUCCGUUUGUCACUUUCUCUCCAUUCUCCCGCCCGCCGCGCCGGACCUCGCCUCUGACCGCGCCGCCCUCUUGGCUCUUCGCUCCGCUGUCGGCGGCCGCUCGCUCCUAUGGAACCUUUCCGAUUCCAGCCCCUGUUCUUGGCCGGGCGUCCAGUGCUCCUCCGGCCGGGAUUUCGUCGCCGAGCUCCACCUCCCCGGAAUGGGUCUUUCCGGCGUCAUUCCUCCCGGGACGAUUGGGAACCUCACGCGCCUCCGCACCCUGAGUCUGCGCUACAAUGCACUCUCCGGUCACCUCCCUUCCGGCCUCUUCUCCUCUCUCCGGGAUCUCCGGAAAAUCUACCUCCAGCACAACUUCUUCUCCGGCGACAUUCCCGCGGAUAUCUUCUCCUUGCCCAACCUCGUCCGCCUCAAUCUCGCCCACAAUAACUUCUCCGGUUCGAUCCCCCCUUCUGUCAACAAGCUCACGCGUUUGUCCACUCUGUACCUGGAGGAGAAUCACUUCUCCGGCGAGAUUCCGGACCUGAACAUUCCCGGAUUGGCCCAAAUCAACGUGUCUAGCAACCAGCUGACCGGGCAGAUUCCGGCAAAGCUCUCGGCUCGGCCCAAGACGGCGUUUCAGGGAAACUCUCUCUGCGGAAAACCGCUCGAUCCCUGCAAAGGGCAGCCGGAGAAGAGCAGAAAGAAGCUCUCCGGUGGGGCAAUUGCCGGAAUCGUGAUUGGCGCCGUGUUCGGGCUGAUUUUAAUUCUUCUCCUGUUGCUCUGUUUGUGCCGGAAGAGGGGCGAAAGAGAAGUCAGAUCCACCGACGCUGUGGGAAUCAAGCAGGCAGAGAUCGAAAUUCCACCGGCGGAGAAGGAGACGGCUUCCGGCGGGGGAGCAGCCGCAAAAGAGAUCGAGGAGGCAUCAAAGCCUCCGGCGAAAGGGCGGGGAGGAGCGAAGAGCUUGGUGUUCUUUGAGAGGACGGGAGGGGAAGGGAGGGAAUACGACAUGGAUGAUCUCCUGAAAGCAUCUGCAGAAGUGCUGGGAAAGGGCACUUUCGGAACAGCUUACAAAGCGGUUCUGGAGGCGGGGAUCACGUUGGUGGUGAAGAGACUGAGGGAGGUGACGGUGGCGGAGAAAGAGUUCCGGGAGAAGAUUGAAGGGGUGGGGAAGAUGAACCACCCCAAUCUGGUGCCCCUCAGGGCCUACCAUUACAGCCAAGAUGAAAAGCUUCUGGUCUAUGAUUAUGUCCCCAUGGGAAGCUUAUCUGCACUUUUACAUGGCAAUAGAGGAGGAGGAAGGACACCAUUGAACUGGGAAACAAGAACUUCAAUAGCCCUAGGGGCCGCCAAGGGCAUCUCCUACCUCCAUUCCCAAGGCCACUCCAUCUCACAUGGCAACAUUAAGUCAUCAAACAUCCUCCUCACCAAAUCCUACGAGCCCCGCGUUUCCGACUUCGGCCUCGCCCAGCUCGUCGGCCCGUUCGCGAGCCCCACGCGGGUCGACGGGUACCGGGCGCCCGAAGUGACCGACCCGCGAAGACCAUCCCACGCCGCGGACGUGUACGGCUUCGGGGUUCUCUUGCUGGAACUGCUGACGGGCAAGUCGCCGGCGACCCAUUCCCCGACGGGCGACGAAGGGGUCGACCUCCCGAGGUGGGUCCAGUCGGUCGUGCGCGAGGAAUGGACGUCCGAGGUGUUCGAUGUCCAGCUCCUCAGGUACACGAACGGCGGCGACGAGGAAGAUAUGGUUCAGCUGCUGCAGCUCGCUGUUAACUGCACGGCGCAGUACCCGGACAAGCGCCCGUUAAUGACCGAAGUUACCGCCCGGAUCGAGGACCUGGUUUCGGGUUCCAGUUCAAAGGACCACACCACGGAUGACAACGAAGAUCAGAUACACAAUGAUAUGUGAUUAGUUCAAAACCUAGCUUUGUGUUUGCUUUUUUUUCCUUCUCUCAAUAUUAUUAUAUUUCGUGUUCACAUUCUUAAUUGAUUUGGUGGUUGUAUACAUGAAUGGUUGGCUAUAAGCUAAUUAUUGAUUGGCCUGUUUUUCAGAGUAAUUAAUUUUUCGUUGUGUGAGAUGUACGAUAUAUAAAUACAACGUUUUUUUUUGAAGCAAAGGGAAAAAAAUUAUAUUAAUGAAAUGAUGAAGUCAGG